AUGGUGAGCCGGCUGGGCGUGGGGGGACGUCUGGUGCCGUUCUUCAAGUGCGUGUGCGUGUACUUCUUGGCGCUGGGAGCGGGGGGUGACGGCUCGCCGUCGCCAGGUGCGGUGGCAGCCAAGUGCGCGCCGGUGCUGUGCCUCCUGCUCGUCGUGGUGCUGCACGUCGCGGCCACGCCCUCCCACAAGGCGUGGUACGCGCGAUGGGUGGCUGUGGGACUGGCUCUGUCGAUGCUGGGUGACGCGCUGCUGGUGUGGCCUCAGCACUUCGUGGCCGGUAUGGCUGCGUUUGGAUCGGCACACGUAGCCUACCUCGCCGCCUUUGGCUUCGAGCAGCUAUCGUGGCGCGUCGGGCUCGGCUUGUACGCCGCCACCACGGCCUAUCUCUCUUGUGUGUCGCCGCCCGCCGGUCUUCGCGUGCUGGUGCCCGCGUACGCGUGGCUACUAGCCACGAUGACGUGGCGCGGUACCGCGAAGGGUCAUAAAGCUGCCGUGGGGUCCUUGUUAUUCCUCGUGUCGGACGCGUUCCUGGGGUACAGUUUGUUCGGCGGUCCAGUUCCCUACAAGCAGGUGCUAGUGAUGUCGACCUACUACCUGGGGCAGCUGGGUAUCGCGCUCAGCGCGCUGGAGGCGAGCGCGUGA